UCCAACCCAGAGAAGAAGUCGCCGUACGAGAUGUGGCACGGGCACCCUCGCCAGCCGGGGGCGACGUACCCGUUCCUCAAACCUGCCGUAUACAAGGCGAUCACAGCUCGCAACUUCACCUGGCAAUCCGUACCCGCUGCCCCCACCGCCCUGCCCCAGUCGCCGCCUCCCAUCGCAGAGGAGGAAGAGGAAUUCGCGACUGGGGAGGACGAGGUUGGGGAGGGCGCGUCCCCGUUCCUCAAACCUGCCGUAUACAAGGUCAAGCGCACGCACAAGUCCGAGCCGAAAGCCCAAAAGUGUUCUUGCCUCGGCCCGGGAAUCAACACCAACCGUGAUUGCGUGCGCAUCUUGAACGAAAAACGCCAAGCGAUCACAGCUCUCACCUGGCAAUCCGUACCCGCUGCCCCCACCGCCCUGCCCCGGUCGCUGCCUCCCAUCGCAGAGGAGGAAGAGGAAUUCGCGACUGGGGAGGACGAGGUUGGGGAGGGCGCGUCGAGCCAAGGUGGAGGGAGGGCGGAGGGAGAACCCGUGGAUGGAGGACCAGGUUUCAANACCCCCUCGAGCAGUGAGGGCGCGAGCGUCGCUCCAUCUGCCACGUCGGCCAGCAUGGCCGAUGUGGGCGGCGGCGAGGACGACCGUCGCAACAGCAGCCGCCGCUGUAGCGGCGGCAGCGGCAGCGGCAGCAACAGUGGCAGCACCAGCGGCAGCGGCAGCGACAGCGACAGCGACAGCGAGAUGGAUCUCCCAGCGCUCCGCGGGCCAGAGGCCUGGCGGCUCGCCCGCUUCGACAAGCCGGCGGGACUCACCAGCCGCCGCAUCAGGGAGAACCCUCGCCGACAUCCGAGGGCGGUGCGAGAGUUGCUGUUCGAGCGCGCGGAGGAGGCCCACCCUGUGCGCCAAGAGGCGGAGGACUUCCUGCUGGGUGCGGUGGGCCUCAUGCUCAACUCGCCAGACGCCUUCGAGACGGCUCUGGCGUCCCUCGAGCUAAGUGAAUUCCCCAUUGGCAAGCGUCCGAGUGAUGUAGAACCCCCCGCCAUGACCGUAGCCGGCGUUGUUAAGUCUGUGUACAGAGAGGGGUGGGAACAGGCCAUGAGGGAAGAGUGUGAAUGGCACUUGGGCACGGGGACAUUUUCAUUCAUAGACGGCGCGCCAGAGGGGCACAGGCCUUGGGGGUACCACGCUGCUGAGACGCUAGUCGAGAACGGGUUCGAGCAGUGCGAGGCGGACCCGUGUAUUUUCCGCAAGAUGGUAGAUGAAGUCGUGGUGAUGAUUCUCGUGAUCUACGUGGAUGACAUUUUGGUGGCUGGGUCUGACGAGGAUUGCGAGGAGUUGCUUCCUUCUCUUCAACAAGAAAUUUCCCACCAAAAACUUGGAGAAUGCGAAUGGUUUGACGGGUGCGCCACUGAGAGAGAUGUAGAGGCUGGGACUCUUAGAAUCUCCCAAACCGCGUACAUUGAUAGCAUGGUGAAACGCUUUGAUGUACAAUCGACCUCCCGCAUCCCUGCUUCCCCUAGUGUCGACCUAGGACCGGAGCGAGACGACGAGAAGGGUGGGAAGUGCCCGGUGAGGGAGGCCAUCGGCAGCAUGAUGUGUGUGUCGACGUUCUCGCGUCCAGACGUCUCGUUCGCCGUGCGUGCGGUAGCGUGCCAUGCCCACGCCCCGGCGAAGAGGCACUGGGAUGCCAUCCAGAAGAUCCUCGGCUACUUGAAGGAGACGAGGGACGUCGGCAUCACCUACAAACGAGGAUCGGGGUUAGAGCUGGCCGUGUACGUAGACGCUAGCUACGCUGACACGGAGAAUAGGCGUUCGGUGUCAGGGUUGGCGACGAUGGUUGGAGGUACCGUAGUCAGCCAUGGUAGCAAGACAAAGAGCAUCGUGUCUUUGUCUUCGACGGAAGCCAAAUACAUAGCUGCCGGGGAGGGCGUCAAGGAGGCGUUCAUCCAGGUCCUUGAGGACAACCAGGGGGGCAUAGAGUUGGUGCAGAACCCCCUCAGCUCAGGUCGCACGAAACACAUCGACGUGAGAUUUCAUUUCAUCCGCGGAUUGUUUAGGUCGGGGGAUAUUUCGGUCAAGUUUGUUCCGACAACGGAGCAACACGCGGACCUCCUAACCAAGGCCCGUAGCAGGGAUAGUCUGCAGUACCACCGGCGCAAGUUGAUGAAUUUGCCGGUGUAG